GCGGAGCCUGAGGAGCAAGAUGGCGGCCACCAGGCCCUUGUCCCUAACGGCUGCGGCGUUCAGGGCGGCCAUUCCCUGGCCGCGGGGCAGGCUCCUCGCGUCCUCUCCCGGGCUUUUGACCCGGUGGGAAGCGACGUCCUCCAUUCCAGAGGCUGGCGAGGGACAGAUCCGCCUCACAGACAGCUGCGUCCAGAGGCUUCUGGAAAUCACCGAAGGGUCAGAAUUCCUCAGGCUGCAAGUGGAGGGAGGUGGAUGCUCCGGAUUCCAAUACAAAUUUUCACUGGAUACAGUUAUUAACCCCGACGACAGGGUAUUUGAACAGGGCGGGGCGAGAGUGGUGGUUGACUCUGAUAGCUUGGCCUUCGUGAAAGGGGCCCAGGUGGACUUCAGCCAAGAACUUAUCCGAAGCUCAUUUCAAGUGCUGAAUAAUCCUCAAGCCCAGCAAGGCUGCUCCUGUGGGUCAUCCUUCUCUAUCAAAAUCUGACACAAUGACAGAUGACCCUUGUACCAGUAUGAAAAACCUGGAAUAGUAGAAUUCUAUAGGUUUCUUAUCAUGUCCUGUUCUCAUUUUAUUUAAUUUAACCCAGGAGUGUUUUGUUCUACCAUUAUUAAUUAAUGAACAGGAAACUUGUAGUCUUGGCCACAAUACUCUCCUCUACACAAUGUUAAGGCCAAGUCCAAAUGCUGUUACCUCAACUUAAUCACUGGUUGGAACCCAGUAUAAUUUGUAGCACCUCCAAAGCUCCAAAAUUUGGAGUUAACAUCUCUAUCUUCAGAGUUGUUUGUAUAUAUGUGUAUAGCUAUGUAUAAAGCAUCAUCUUAAACUAAGGAUCACAGUUUGAUUAGCUAGAACACCAGUAACCAGAAUCAAUUAGUAAGGCAAAUGAAAUACUCUUUUUUCCAUCCUCCCUCCCUUCUUCCUUUCCUCCCUCCCUCCCUCCUUCCCUCUCUUCCUUCCUCCCUCCUUCGUUUCAACAGAGUCUUAUAGGUAGCCCUAGUUCUGAACUUUCAGUUUCCCUGCCUCAAUCUCUUAGAUAUAUUCCUUUUUCUUUGUCAUUUUUCUCUUUCUUUUUUUAUUUUUUGUGGUUGCACCCUCCCCCUCCCUCCUCCCCUCCCCCCCACACACAAUGGACCCAGGGCAUUGUACCUGCUAGGCAAGCACUCUAGCACAGCGGUUCUAUCAGUCACACUGGAGUCACAUAUCAGAUAUCCUGCAUACGAAAUAUUUACAUUAUGAUUCAUAACAGAAGCAAAAUUAGUUAUAAAGUAGCAAAGAAAGUAAUGUUCUGAUUGUGUGUCACCACAGCAUGAGGAGUUAAGUUAAAGAACCGCAGCAUUAGGAAGGGUGGGAACCACAGCUCCAGCACUUGGAUUAUAUUCCUCGACUGCUUUACCUUUUAUCUGGAGACAGAGUCUCACAGAAUUUCCCUCUGUAGUUCAGGCAGGCCUUGAACUUUCAGUCCCCCAGUCUUGGUAUCCCAAUUAGUUGGCAUGACAGGCCUGUGCCACCAGCCGGCUUUAUUGCAUUCUUUGAAUGUGAGGGAUUUAUUCUUGUGUCCUAUGAAGCCCAUUUUCCACUUAAUGAUAUUACAGGGAAAAUACGUUAUAUUGUCAGACUCGUGAGUCUGCUUGGUUUUAUAAAAACAAGAGAUUUUCCCCCAGCACCCCCCCAAACAAAUUUGGCCAGACCCCUGUUGAUAUCUGAAUUACUUGAAAAAUAACCUUUCUAUUCCAUGCCUAUAGAGGUUGUUUCUAUAGUCUGUGACCAUUUAGUAUUUGAAUUCAUGUAGAAUAUAUUGCUUUACCUACCUUAUUAUAUAAAAUAUCUUUGGUUUUGUGCAUAAGGGAAGUGGUUCCUUCAUUAUUUGUAGAUAACAGAAAGGACUUUUUCAAGAAUGGAUUAAGUAUAAAAUGCCCAGUAAAAUUUGGAUUUUGUGUUACUUA